UGAAUCGACGUCGGGAACGCCCUGCCCUGAUUAUGAGUUGCCAAGGUGAUAGCCGCUUUGAGUACAGCUUGGCGAACCAUUUUGGCGACCAUGAGAUUGCUUUCUGGUAGCUUACAAAUCGUGGCCAAAUCAUCACUUUUUCUGACGGCUUAUAUUGUAUGGAGCAGCAUCGGACAUGACGGCAUCGGAUCAGUCAAGGCGCUAGCUAUCAAUACACAGUCAACUUCCAGUCUCCCAUGCUAUGACUGGAUCAUCGUCGGUGCUGGCGCUUCCGGCCUGUUUGCUUCUGGUGCAGCGUCCUUGCUGGGAAAAAGUACUUGCUUAAUCGACCAAGCCGAUCCCACGAAUAGCGGAUUGUUGGCGGUGGGGGGUGAUUGCUCCAACGCGGCCUGUGUUCCCUCCAAGGCACUGCGAUCGAUUGCCCGUCAAGGGGUAUCCGAUCACAAGGCACGUCAAUAUGCCGAUGCCGCCAUCAACGCUGUCCGCGCCCGCGAAAGUCCGGACCGAAUAAGGAAUAAAACGGAUCUCUAUUUUGUGCAGUCGUGUCGUUUCGUUAGUACGCACGAGAUGGAGAUUCAAGCAAUCAACGCGUCCGAACCGCUGCGACUGCGGGCUAGGCGAUUUCUAAUCGCCACCGGUGCUUCUCCCAUAGUACCGGAAACUUUCCAAGCGCAAGCCAAAGCAGCAGGUUUGCCUUUGUACACAUAUCGAUCUAUAUUGCAAUCAGUUUUGGCGACGGAGUCAUCUGCGCCGUUUUGGAAAAUGGAUGGCUCUACAAAGAAGCGCCUCCUGAUUGUAGGUGGAGGAGCGACUGCUUGCGAACUGGGACAAACACUGGUGCGUUUACGUCCUCAACGGGACAUUUGCUUGGUUGCCCCAAGUGUAUUACCUUCAGAGGACGUAAAGCUGCAGCAAGCUGCCAUGAAUAUUCUCGCCAAGGCCGGUAUCCAUUGCCACUGGAGCGCUCGAUUGGCUCGCAUCUUGCCGGAUGGCAGAGUGGAAUUAAGUGAUGGCGCACUUCUAUCACCUUUUGAUGGAGCACUGCUUUGCUUGGGACGAUCACCCGUAGAUUCGUUGGAAAGCUUGCACCUUGACUCUGCUGGAAUUGCCUGGACCAACGUUGGUGUCACAGUUCACGAACAAAGUUUGCGAUCAGUGUCCGCUCCGCAUGUAUUUGCCUCGGGCGAUUGCGCAGAUGCUGUUCCACUUAGAAGCCGGACCGCUGCUCAAGCCGCUUGGACUGGAUUUUAUGCCAUUCGAAACGGGGCGCUACCCCGCGUAUUGACGUUCGGGAGUGCAUCAGUCCAUCCCACCGUGCCACGAGUGGUAUAUACUGAUCCUGAGCUGGCGUGCGUUGGAAAGACGGUCUCCGAAUGCGUCUUGAAAUACGGGUUGAACGGGUUUGACGUGGCGUACUGCACUGAAGAAGGCUCGGAUCGUGCCGAUAUGGAGCGCGUGGAACGCGACACAUCCGUUUGCUUCGUCGAGCUACGUGCCGAAAAGAGAAGUGGUAUAAUUUUGGGCUGCACGGCGUGCGGUCCUGCUGCAGCCGAGCUUGCCAAUGUAAUCGGUGUGGCAAUUACGAACAAACUGACGACCAGCGAUGUUGCUCGUUCGAUUUUCAGCUACCCGUCUCAUGGCUAUCUCCUUCACCGUUUGGCUUUGUCCAUGGCUCUAAGCGACACCAAUGGAAUUCUUGAGGUAUGUGGCCCAAUCGGAGGUUUUUUAGGGAGAACGGGACGCAGCGUCAGUUGCCUUCGAGAUUUUUUUCAAAGGGGUGUACUUGGACGAAAGCGACAGCUGCGGAAAAGGCAAUGGGAAGCAGAAGGAGCAUUGCGAACUUUGUAUCCUAGCAUUUCAAAGGAGAGAGAAUCCAAUCAGACCGAAAACAAAGAGUUAUUAUCCUACAACCAUGUAGCUGCAAAUAUAACACUUUGCUCCGAAAUAGAGAAUCUGGUGAGCCACGGACACUCCACUCCCUCGUUUGGGGUCAUUUCCAAAAAUCAUGCGAUAGAAUUUCUUGCCUGGGCGGAGCGAAAUCCAUCGAACGUAUGAAAAUAACAUCGUUCCCUCUUCACUGUCAAACGAAACUGGCAAGUGUAUUGGAUGAGAAUUGUUUAUACGACAGACAAUAAAACAGUAUUUUCAUAGACUGACAGUUAAACGCCAGCAUCAGAUUUACGCGACAAAAUAACCUCCAGAUCCCGGCAUCUUUUACAAAUGAAAGAAAGUUCCUGCUCGGGACAAAUCAUACAAUUGCUGCAAACGAAAUUGUUACAAGUAUCACAGAAACAGCCAGCGCGUUCACAGCCUCCUUUACAUUGAAAGCAAUUAGCAUGGAGAUCCAGCCCGGACCUAGACGUAUACCUUCUCAACGCCACUUUAUUUGUAAAGGAGAGGUUUUGCACUCGCUUGAAUUUGCUGUACUCACACAGGGCAUGUUCGAUCUCUUUGAUGGUCAAACAGCGUCCUCGCCAAUACGGAAAACUCAAUUGAAGCGCAUCGUAAACGUCGCGUUGAUACUGGACGAGGGAACGUGCCAAUGAAAGAUUCCGGUUUGUAAC